GGGGCGGAGCGAAGGACCGGAACUGGGCGGAGGAGCUGUGGGAGUGGAGGGUCGGGCCUAGGCUUGCACCAGUCGCCACCAGAGCCCCGCGUGUCACCUGCGGCUUCUCCUAAGCCCCACUUUAUGGAGGCGGUAGGCUGACGGGAGGCCGGGGUGGGAUGCGGCUGACGCGAAAGCGCCUCUGCUCCUUUCUAAUCGCUCUGUACUGCCUCUUCUCCCUCUACGCUGCCUACCACGUCUUUCUCGGGCGCCGCCACCGGGCGCCGGCCGCGUCCCCGCGGGGCCUCAGGAAGGGGGCGGUCCCGGCGCGGGAGAGGCGCGGCCGAGAACAAUCUGCUUUGGAAAGUGAAGAAUGGAAUCCGUGGGAAGGAGAUGAAAAAAAUGAGCAACAACACAGACUUAAAACUAGCCUUCAAAUAUUAAAUAAAUCCACAAAAGGAAAAACAGACCUUAGUGUACAGAUCUGGGGCAAAGCUGCCAUUGGUUUGUAUCUAUGGGAGCAUAUUUUUGAAGGCUCACUUGAUCCCACUGAUGUGACUGCUCAGUGGAGAGAAGGAAAUUCAAUUGUAGGAAGAACACAUUUCAGCUUCAUCACUGGUCCAGCUGUAGUCCCAGGGUACUUCUCCAUUGAUGUGAAUAAUGUGGUACUCAUUUUAAAUGGAAGAGAGAAAACAAAAGUCUUUUAUGCUACCCAGUGGUUACUUUAUGCACAAAAUUUAGUGCAAACUCAAAAACUCCAGCAUCUUGCUGUUGUUUUGCUUGGAAAUGAACAUUGUAAUAAUGAAUGGAUAAGUCAGUUCCUCAAAAAAAACGGAGGCUCUGUUGAGCUCCUUUUCAUAAUAUAUGACAGCCCCUGGAUUAAUGAAGUGGAUGUUUUCCAGUGGCCUUUAGGAGUAGCAACAUACAGGAAUUUCCCUGUAGUGGAAGCCAGUUGGGCUAUGUUGCAUGAUGAGAGGCCAUAUUUAUGUAAUUUCUUGGGAACGAUUUAUGAAAAUUCAUCCAGACAAGCACUAAUGAACAUUUUAAAACAAGAUGGGAAUGAUAAGCUUUGCUGGGUUUCAGCAAGAGAACAGUGGCAGCCUCAGGAAACAAAUGAAAGCCUUAAGAAUUACCAAGAUGCUUUGCUUCAGAGUGAUCUCACGUUGUGCCCAGUAGGAGUAAACACAGAGUGUUACAGAAUAUACGAGGCUUGCUCCUAUGGCUCCGUUCCCGUUGUAGAGGAUAUGAUGACACCUGGUGGUUGUGGGAAUACAUCUGUUUACCACAGCGCUCCUCUGCAGUUACUCAAGUCCAUGGGUGCGCCCUUCAUCUUUAUUAAGAACUGGAAGGAACUUCCUGCUGUUUUAGAAAAAGAAAAAACUAUAAUUUUACAAGAAAAGAUUCAAAGAAGAAAAAUGUUACUUCAGUGGUAUCAACACUUCAAGAUAGAACUGAAAAUGAAGUUUACUAAUAUUAUAGAAAGUACAUUUUUAAUGAAUAAUAAAGAUUAACUCAGUUACAUUUUUGAGCUAA